CUGAAACGGGAAAGUGGCGCGAGUUACAACAUCGAAGAAUGAUUGUAAUUCACACCCUCAUUUCAUUUACCCAAACUUAGACUCGUUUUGAUUUAUCUUGAUGGCACUAGGGGAUGGUGUGAUUUCAAUGUAGACAGUAACAGGAUGAGUGAGAAGUCGACAGGAACAGAGCUACCAUCUCAGUUAGAUCCCCUACAACUUGCCCUCAAGAAGGUCUACUCACUACACAAGGAGAAGAUCAGAGAAUUAACAGAUGAAAAAGAUAAAUAUAAAAAGGGCUAUGAUCACCUUGGCCAACACAAAACAAGACUGGUAGAGAAAGUGCAGGGUCUGCUGGACCAGAAUGAGAUCCUGUACAGUGAAAACACUCGUCUCCGGAACCUCCUGGAGGACAUCAGAGCUCAGGAUGGUCGGGGCAGUGGGAAGUGUCGGACGUGUGAGCACCUUCAGAGUUCGGUGUCGGCCAUACAGGAGGCGUACAAGCACAGCCUGGAGGAGAAGGAGAAGAUGAUCCACUAUCUCGAAGAGAGAUUAUCUGAGACCAAGCAAGUUCCGCAGCCUGAUCUGAACUUGUCCAAUCUUCUGACCCCAAACAAGUCCUUUGAUGGAGCAGAUAGUGUACCUGGAAGGAGUCCAGCGUCUGCAAUUAGAGACAAAAAUGGGGACUCGGCAUCAACUGUUAGUUCCAGAACAAUGAAGGCUGUCACACAAAGACACUGUACAGAAAGCAGCGAUGAUCUGUCAGCGGGUAAGGCAAAUCAGAGAUCAUGUAAUAGAAGGGCCGCUAAUCUCAAGAGAAGUGAAUGCUUUGAUGAAGUUGAUUCGGGGAAGGUAUAUAACCCGAGAACAUCUGAUCAGAAACAUUCGAAUGGUGGUAUUGCAAAGACAUCACACACCAGACCCAAUGUCAAUCAUUGUGCUGUGAGAGACACUGCCUUGGAUACACUGCGCAGCAACACUGGGAGGAAGGAGAUUAGCAGCGGCGGUGGAGAGACAACACCCAUGGAAGAGGAGGGGUGUCGGUCUGACGGGUCCAGUGACAGAGAGAGUCCGGAGUCCGCCAGACUGAGGAAGUUGCGUCUGGGCAGGAAGCCAGGGAAGAGAAGCAGAUACACCGAGGAUGCAGUGCAGGAGAACAAGAAACACAAGUUUGACAAUUCCCAUGUUCACAACACGUCGGAUGAGUCUGAUGGACCUCCUGCCCCCCGGCCACCUCAUCAGCAACACCGCUCCUACCACCCACAUCCGUCUCACAUCUUGGUUCAGGAGACGUGUGACCCAGACACGGACAGGACAGCCUCCAUGAGUUCAGAUGGCUCACCAGAGAAGCUACAGAGAAGCAGGAGGUCCUUGAUAGCAGAGCGCAACAAUACUGAGUUCGGUGUAGUCCCUGAGACCCUUGGCAUGGGACUGACAAGCAGUGAGAGUGAGUCAGAGUCCGACAUAGACACACAGGACACGAUCAGGGCCAAGUCUGUGGAUGGCAGUCCAGAUGAUGCGCUUGUGACCUCUCCAUCAGAUGUGGAAGACAAGAUGGAGAAGGUCAACAGGAUUUUGAACAGGAGGAGUAGAACUGUCAUUGAUAGGACACAGCCGGAAGAGAAUUCUGCAUCAAGAAAAGAUGAAAGCAGAUGUGAUAAAAGUACCUCGGAUCAUCAUAAAAAGGGUGAAAGAUUAAGUGAUAGUGUGGUAGUGAAAAAAAUAGAAUUAGACAAUAUGAAUGGCAAGGAUAUGUCCCCGAAACCAUCAUCUCCAGUAUUUUCUGGUGUGAAGGGAUCACGGCAGAGUAUCGAGUCUCCCUUCUUGUUUGAGGAGGACAGACCAGGCAGCAGCAGGUCGUCCAGCAGGAGGAGUGUCAACAUGAGUGGGGUGAUGUCAGACCAGGAGUCGCCUCUGUUGCUGAGGCCAGUAGAGGCAGUUGUAACCCGCAGCAGUGAAUGUGGACAGAGUCCGGCUCUCAAGGAGGCACCAAGAAGUACAGAUGUCUCUGUGAGAACACAGGAACGAAAUCACACCGACUCCGAGUAUUUGCAAGCUGGGAGGACUUCUCAGGAAAGGCUGCAGAGGACUGUUCAUGCUAGAAACUUGAGAAAAGCUGAGAAGCUGAAGCAGACGACUCUGAGCCAGGCUUUCACCCCGAGUCCACCUGGCCUGCCUGUCUCUCCCACUAAACCCGAGGAAAGGGCUGCUAUUGAUAAGGCUAUCAGACUGUCACUGCAGGAGAUACAUGACAACACAGAGGGGGUCAGGACAAAGAAGACUCUGUUUGUGAGAUCUAAACACAAACCCGAUGAUGCUACUAGUGCUGAGAAUGUUCCCCCUGUCUUUAAGAAGCCACCCUCACCAAAGUCACUGAGGUCUCCAUCCAAGAGGUCUCCAUCCAAGAGGUCUCCAAACAAGAAAUCUCCACCGAAACAGAAAUCAGACCGACAUUCCAGAACACAGAAUGACCAUGUGGAUGUGAUAGACUUAGAUGAAACUGUAGCUCCAGACUCAGCAUCCUUGGAGACAUUUUCUGAUAAAGGACACGGUGUGGAUCAGAUACGGAAGUUUCCAGUGAAUGUCUUGAACGAGAGCCUGGACCCCGAUGUAAGCCUGACUCAGUACUGUUCUGACACAGAACUCCUGUCACAGAGGCCAGGCUUGAGAAGAAGCUCGAGGAGAGAGCCGAGGAGAGACCCAGGCCCCAGGUCAGCCAGUCACAGUCAGGGGUCACAGGGAGCCUCGCUGGAUGUAGGGGAGGGCACCUGUUACAGAACAAAGGGUGGGAUUCACAAGGUGCUUGGCAGCAGAACACAUGCAGACCCUGCUUCCGGUGAGGCUCAAUCUAGAUUUAGCAAGAAGAAUAAGGAUGGUAGAGCCUCAACUGCUGAAUCUGGUAAUGAAGACAUGAAAGACAGGUUAAGCAUGUUAAGGACGAAAAAGACUAGUGUCCCGAGUUUUGACUCCUUCAAUGAAGGAGUCUCUCUGGACCAUGAUGACUACCUUGCUGACAAUGGAGCCAGCAAGCCCAGUGCUAGUGUAGAGAGUGGAGCUAGCAAGCCCAGUUCUAGUGCAGAGAGUAUGGGUCCAUCUCUACACACAGAGGACGAGGAGAAUGAAGCUGAUGUAACCCUUGACCCCAAGUUCAUGAAAGCUCACAUGUUCCAGGCACAGAUGGAUGUUGAUAGUGUGCAGACAGAUUCUGACAGUAUUCCACUCAGCUCACGCAGUUUCAAGUUUGGUUCUUCCAAAUCUUCCAAAUCUGGGGAUUCUCAAGGAAAAGAAGCAGUGAUAGGUGGUGAUGUAGAUGACUUGGAGGAGGAAGAACACACGAUUACUCCCGAUGGGCGGGGUCACAGGAGGGAGUCCUUGAGUGACAGCUUUGACAGAGUGCCGCGGAAACAGCAGGCUGAGUUCGCCUAUGUGGACGUGGUGAGGAAGAAGGUGGAGAGACAACAGCUAAAGGCCUCCAGCUGUCAGGAGUGUUAUGAGUAUUACAAGAGUAAAGGCUGCUCAGAGGAGGAAAUCCAGCAGCAGAUCCAGGACUGCUCCCGACACCGCGCCCGCUACCUGCCGCCCUCCACGCCUGAACACUUCUGGUCCAUCGGAUUCCCUGAUACACAGGAGUGUGAGGAGAGAGGUUAUAUCCGGGUGGAGUCACCUUCAAAACAGAAGCCUGGGUAUCGACGGCGACGGAAGCUGACCAAACGGUUCAAGUCUCGAGGGGAAGAGGAGGAGGACUCCCAGACAGAUACACAGAAGUGACAAGGUCGAUCAGCACCCUUCUGCAGCUUCUCUUCUCCCAUGUCAUACAAAUUUGCAGAAGAAUGUAACUGUAGGAAGUAAUUAUUUCUCAGGAAUAAUGUCAAAUAUUUGGUGAUAUUUGGUUAUAUUUUGUUAUAAGCAUUCACUAUUGUAAGCCAUUUAUGAUGAAAUAUAAAUAUACGUAUAUAUAUAUGGAAUACUAAAGUUUUCAAAAUUGCGUUUCAGUAUAAUUUAUUAUCUUUACAUGUGUUUGAAAUUGUGAAUAGACUUUGAUACACUAACCAUGCUAACAUAGUUAGGCCAACAAUUAUAUAUAAUCGGCUGCCUGUAGGUCACUAUAACACGAACGUUAUUUAUUUCUGAUUGUUAUUUUGUCAGAAGCCAUUGUUUGCAUGGUUUGAGGAUCAAUCAAGUUUUGUGCACCUCACUGACCAGAUGAAAUAAGCCUUUAAUGGUAGUGAUCUUUGUUUUGUGUGAUUUUUUUAGUUUGAAUGCAUUACUUUAUUUGCAAAAUACCUGUUAUCAAUGAUUGUGAUAAUUCUACACUGUUACAAGAAUAGGUCUUCAGCAACCCAUGCUAAACAUAAAAGGCGACUAUGCUUGUCGUAGGAGGCGACUAACAGGAUCAGGUGGUCAGGCUCGCUGACUUGGUUCAUGCAUGUCAUCGUAUCCCAUU